UCUGGGAUCAGGAUCACACCUGCUGGCUCGCACAGAGGUACCGUGACGAAAUCCUGAGGCCCAUUGUUGUGCCAUUCAUCCACGACCGUAACCUCAUGUUAACGCAUGACAACGCACCGCUGGCUCGCGCUCACGCUCUUCCACCGCUAGAGCACGAGAGUACAAUCCACCGAAGAAGAGGGGGACAACUUCAUCCUUACCCUCAGUUGUUUAGGUCACUAAGUGUGGAUGUAGCUUUCUUGGAGGGCUAGGAUGCCCCUGGAGGUCAGAUGGCCAUUCCCACAAUGCCCUGCUCUGGCAUGGAGGAUCUCCAGCUCCUUGGUCAUGGGCAUGGUGGGCUCCUACUCCUAUUUCUGGACCAAGUACAUGAAUUAUCUAACUGUCCACAAUCAUGAAGUCUUGUUGAAUCUGAUUGACCACCGGCCCGCAGACACGCCCCUCAUCACUCUAGCCAAUCAUCAGUCCUGCAUGGAUGACCCACAUCUCUGGGGUGUUCUGAAGCUCAGACAGCUGUGGAGCUUCAACAAGAUGAGGUGGACACCAACAGCGUCAGACAUCUGCUUCACCAAAGAGCUCCACUCCAUGUUCUUCAGCCGUGGGAAGUGUGUUCCUGUGUGCAGAGGUGAGCACCCGUCGUCCGGAGCUCCUUGGUCCCAAGUGAUGGACUCACGCUGUGGCUGUUCCUCAGGUGAUGGUGUCUAUCAGAGAGGGAUGGACUUUGCUUUAGAGAAGCUGAACAGAGGAGAAUGGGUGCACAUUUUCCCAGAAGGAAAAAUCAACAUGUCCGAUGAAUUCAUCCGUUUAAAGUGGGGUGUAGGCCGGCUGAUAGCGGAGUGCUCUCUUAAUCCUGUUAUUUUACCACUCUGGCAUGUCGGUUUGAAUGAUGUUCUACCCAACGUGGAGCCCUACAUUCCCUGCACAGGAAAGAGAAUCACCGUUCUGGUGGGAAAACCGUUCAGCCUUAAAGAGCUCGUUGACUCCCUCCGAGCGGAGAACAAGAACCAGAUGGAGAUGAGGAAGACCUUGACCGAUUUCAUCCAGAUGGAGUUCCGGAAGCUGAAAGCGCAGGCAGAGGCCCUCCACGUUCAGAUACAGAGACAAUCCUGACUCCAUGUAAGCAGGAACGACGAGACUGACGAGCUUUAACUCUCAGUCCGAGGGUAAAAGCUCUGUUCUGAUGUUUGUUCUCCUUUGAAUCUGUUGAUGUUCUACUUGUUUUAGAUCUAACCGCUGCUGUGAAAGUGUAGUCUACCCAAACCUAGAUCAGCAGGUAGCCGGUGGAAUAUUCUGAAUCAGGGUUGAAUCUCAGGUACUGCUCCACACACAGCAGCACCCUCCAGGUUGAGGCCUUCUGUUAGAUAUGUCUGGACCUGCAUUUACUGGGACCCUUCGAAAGGUCAUAGUCGUGCAUCUAGAAUGUUUUUAACUUCAUGUCUGCAGUUCAUUAUCGUCUCAUCAUGUGACUGCUCUGCUUUUGGCUCCUACCUCAGUGGGAGCCCUGGAACUGCGUCCCGGGUUUACGUACCGUCCAUGCCUGCGUGGGACCUUCUCCUCAGUUAGAGGUGAAGGAAUAGUUAUCUCUUUUCCAGAAUUCACACUCUUUUAAGUAUUUGUGUGUUGUUGUAGUGUUCCUGGUACUGUGUGUGCUCUAACUGCACUCAUAUCAGGAGUGAGGAGGAAACAACGGAAACUAUUAGAUCAAUUCUGAAGAUGUGGGGAAAUCCAGGCAGGAUCACACGCGUCCAACACGCUAGCACGGAUCCAAAGGUCUUAUCCCUCAUGAAGUCAACCAGGAAGGACGCUGUUUGUUUCCUUUUAAAAUGGGGAAAAGGAGAAACGAAUGAUUAUUACACACGUUUUCUAACACUGACAGGGACUUUCAUCUCAGAGUUUUAGCUUCCUGGAAAUGUUUUGUCUUUGGUUAGAGAUCUGGUAAAGGGCCAACCCCCCUCCAAUGUACAACAGGGAUAUGUGUGACUGUUAAUGGACACCAACAUGUUUUUGUUUUAUGAAUAAAUCUUUUACUGCCUUUCUUCUAACUAAUCAUUUAUUCUGACUUGUACGAAAAUGAUUCUAAAGUUUGUGAAUAAAAAACUUUCUGAAGUCA